AUGGGUAGCGAUGGAAUUCGUUGGCAGGAUGCCUUGCUGUGCUUGCAAGAUAGCUCUAGGAACAAGAUCAGGACUGAUGUCAUCAGCUACAACAAGAUCAUCAGCAGUUCGCAGAAAGCUUCCCAGUGGUCUGUGGCCUUGUCAUUGCUGCAGCAGCUGCAGCAGCAGCUGCUGCCCAGCAUCGUCAGCUGCUGCGCCGCCGUGGCCGCCUGCAGGGUGGAAAGGUCGGGCUGGCGCCGGGCGGCAGGGAUGGUGCUGGAGAUCCGAAAAAAACAGGUGGAAGUGAACGCGUUUGCCUACAGUUCCAUCAUUAGCGUUGCCAGCGAGUCAGCGUGGCAUACCUGGCACCACGCCAUGCUGGCCCUUUGGGACUGCGGGUGCCGCUCCAUUGAAACGAACCUGGUUACCUUCAAUGCAACCCUUGACGCCUGCGCCAAGUCCGAGCAUUGGAGGCCAGCGCUCAGUCUGGGUGAGACCUUGUGGCGUUUGACCGUGGAGCCAGACGUCAUCAGCUUCAACGCCUGUAGCAAGGCCUGCAGCAGCGUCUGGGCACAGAGCCUGGAAAGCUUCGAGCGCUGCCGGAGAGCUGCAGUGGAAGCCACUGUGAUCACUUUCAACUCGUUGAUCUGCUUCCAAGACGCCUGGCCGCGGAAUUUGCAUUUGCUGGAAGAAAUUCAUAGCAACCGCCUGCAGCCAACUUUGAUUACCAUGAACUCCCUGCUGAGUGCUUGUGAGAAAGCAUCUGAAUGGCAGCUGGCUUUGCAGCUUCUGACGUCCACGCUGAUGCGUCCUGAUGUGAUCAGUUUCAACUCCUCCAUCAGUGCCUGCGAAAAGGCCAGUGCCUGGCGCAAGGCCUUGCGGUUGCUGGAUGAUCUUGAUGACAUAAGGAAAGACGUCAUCACCUAUGCUGCAGCCGUAUCAGCCUGUGAAAAGGCCUUCGAGUGGCAACAGGCUGCUGCGCUGGUCGCAGAAGCGAAGCGGAGCAAGGUCGGCGCCAAUCUCAUCGUGUACAGUGCAUUGCUUAGCGCCUACGAGAAUUCCUCCCAGUGGCAGCGUGCCAUCCACCUGUUGGCGCAGCUGCCGACCUUGCGCGUGCAGCCCGAUGUCAUCGCAUUUAAUGCUGCCAUCAGCGCCUGUGAGAAGAUGGGCAUGUGGCAACAUGCCCUCCAACUCUUGCACCACCUCAAUUCCUGGAAUUCCGGGCGCAGCCAUAGCGUGAUCAGCCACAAUGCUGCCAUCAGCAGUUGUGAGAAGUCGGCAGAAUGGCGCUGGGCCCUUUCUUUGUUGUACAGCAUUCUGAAGGAUCCAUCCUUGAAAGUGACCAUCAUCAGCUUCAACGCCAGCAUCUCAGCCACUGAGAAAGGGGCUCAAUGGCCCCAAGCUGUGAUGCUUCACCAGGAAGCAACAACUCAGGGUCUGCAGCUGGAUUUGAUUAGCUACAAUGCUUGCAUCAGUGCCAUGAGCACUGGCCCGGCUGCUCACAGCCUUUACCUUCGCUGGCCUUUGGCGCUGGAUCUUUGCGCCUCAGCAGUGCAAAAGACGUUGCGGCCGCGGCAGGUGACGUUCAAUGCCUUGGUCUCGGCGUUGCGAGGUGCCAGUUGGGCGCUUCCGCUGCAGUUCCUGAAGCAGAUGAGGGCAGGAGAUGUGCAGCCUGACAUGAUCACGCUUGAAUCCAGCAUCAACAUUUGUGAACAUGUCCAGAAAGGAUACUCGGUUGUCUCAUUGCUCCGUGAAGUGCAACAGCUAGUGAUGCCAACUGAACCCUGCCUGGAGUCUCCCUCGGCUCACCCGUUGAGGGCCAGUAGGGUUUAGCUGUACAGCAAGCCGUCCAUUGAGGGAAUGGCUGGAUGUACAUUUUUCAAGCCUCAGUUCUUCCCGUUUGUAGCUCCGAAAUGGCAAUGCCGUAUGUGCAGAAUUCGUCAUCCAGCUUAGGUGUCAGCUGGAUUGCCCAUAUUGUGCCUGCUGACCAUGGGAUAUGCAGUGCCAAGCAUCUCAAAA